AUGGAAGAUACUUCUGAAGACUUCACUGAUUGUAAGCAUCCUCAAGGUUGUUACGAAAAACCUAUAGAUAGACAGUUAUCGUUUUUGUUUUGGGUUGUUAGGAAAAACCUAUAUAUAGACAGACAUUUCAAUUGUCCCAAGAUAGGCAAACAUAAGCGUAGCCGAAGUAGUUCUAGUAGCAGUAGCAGUAGUAGUUCUGCUUCAAGUAGCUCAUCAUCAAAAACAAAUAGAAAGGGUCGUUACGAAAUACCCGAAACACUUUUUGAGCAAUACCUAUCCAUGUUGCGUGAUGAGAGUUCACAUCAGUUGCACAGUAAUAAACCGGAAACGAUUACGAAGAGGCAUAACAAACCAGACUUGCGCAAUGCUAUUUCAAAAAAAUAUAAACCAUACCACAGAGAAGAUGUUAUGUGCUACAAUUGUAAACAAAAGGGACACUACCAAGCAAGCUGUCCAAAAAGCCGAAAGGUUUGCAGCAAAUGCAAUUUAUUAGGGCAUGAGGCUGAUCAGUGCCGAACAGGUCAAGGGAAACACGCAGGCUUGCAAACUAAAGAUCGAGCAUCUGCUCACGUAGAUGCGUUGAUAGUCCCUGACCAAGUACAGGAAGUACCGGUUAUAGUUGGACAACCUUUUGUCAAUAAUGAAAGUGUUACUGUGGUUGUUAGAGGCAAUCAAAUUCGACUCUACGACCAAAAUUUGAAUAAAAUAGGCACAUUGGACGAGUUUUUGUCAAAAAAGGUAGAGCUUGUGUCAGCUGAAACAACAGUCAUACCACCUAAUUACAUGGGUCAUAUUGUUAUUAAGCAAGACGAAAGCGUGAGGGAUGUUUUAGUAAACUUGCAGACUAGAGAUUGGUCAGACAAUUGUCAUGUAAUUUUACCUUGUAUUCUAAAUUUAGAAAAUAGUUUUUGCUGCGUGCCUGUUAUGAAUCUAUCGAAUAAACCUGUCUGUUACGAAAAGAAUAGGGUUAUUACGAGAGGUUGGACAUGUUACGAAAAUGUUGAACCAUCAGAAUCCUUGAUGUGUUUACAAACAAGCACUACUCAUCUUAUCCCUAUUACAUUAGACGAUGUGAAAGGUUUAAUAAACCCACAGUUAAAUGAGGUAGAUCGAGCUAAUUUGCUUCAAUUAAUUAACAAAUAUCGAGACUGCUUUGCCUUAAGUCUUAACGAAGUCGGUAAGACUGAUGUAGCUGAGCUGGAAAUAAAGCUGAAUGAUGACCAACCCAUCACUUAUCGACCUUAUAGGAUGCCUUAUACAAAUCGAGAAACAUUCCGAGAUAUAGUGCGGGACCUUUUGGCAAAUAAGAUAAUACAGGAAUCAGAUUCACCCUAUGCCAGUCCCAUUCUCCUUGUUAAAAAGAAUGUGCAUAGAUUAUAG